AUGACAUUAAUUGUUGGCAUUGGACCAGUCGUGUAUAGUCUCAAUAAUCCUGAUCCACAAAUACAAUCACUUAUAUUUUGUAAAGUACGUGGUUAUAUAUUUCAAAUAUGUUUAAUGCUUUCUCGUUGGUACGUUGCAUUUGCUUGCAUUGAUCGUUAUGCAUUAACUUCAGAAAAAAUUCAUUUAAGAAAUUUUGCUAAGCCGAAAAUAGCAUAUCGUAUAAUCAUUAUCAUUAUUAUUUUUUGGUCAAUUAUUUGUUCUCAUAGACUUAUAUUCUAUGAAAUUAAAGGAAAAUUCUGUGGUAUUGUAAGUAAUAUGACAGCAGCACUUUAUCAUAGUCUGUACGUUAUUAUUGGAGGUGGUAUAUUACCAGCUAUGAUUAUGAUGAUAUGUGCAUGGCGUAUUCGUCAAAAUCUCUCAGAUAAACAUAAAAAACGAGCACAGCUAUCAUCAGGUGGUAAACAACGAAAUCCACUUGAUCAACAAGUUCUUCAUAUAUUAUUCGUACAAAUCAUUUGUUAUAUUAUAUUUACAAUUCCUCAAUUAUGUAAUUUAGUAUUCAAUACAAUCUCAAUAACGAUUCCUAAUCGAUCAAUUGAACAUUUAGCUAUUGAAGCAUUUGUUGCAUUUCUGGCUGAAUUAAUGCUAUAUUUGUUUCCAGUUACAUCGUUUUAUUUAUAUACACUCACAUCUCGUACAUUUCGUAAAGAAUUAAUCAAAUUUUUUCGUUUAAUAUUUGGUCGGAAAGAUAGAAUUAUGCCGACAAUUGGAGGAACAACUUGGGAUUUUCAUGCCGAUUAUCAGAAAACUAUAAGACAUGCAUGUGAAAAUCCAGUCAAAAUCAGUUUAGCAGAAAUAAAAUCAUAG